AUGACUGAACAACUUGAAGAGGAACUAAAAGAUUUGCGAGAAAAAAAUAAUGAAUUGGUCAAGAAAGUUCAGUAUUGGAAAAUGACGGCGGCGCAGAAGGAGAACGAGAAAUUAGAUCUUAUGAAAGAAAUGAACGAACUUAGACUUAAAUUAAGUCGUAUUCGUAGCGGCGGUGCAGCUCAUGCGCGUAAACUCGACGCGGCCUUACAGACGGCGAGUGAAGAAGUACUCUCCCACCUGGUACAAGCAUCGAGUGCUGUGGCUCACAUGCUGGAACUAAAUAAGACAUACAUGCAAGACAGGCAGGAACUAGAUCGAGCCCUGCCCCGGUGGAGCAGUCUGAGUAACACGCCGUCCUCGGAGAAAGUUAACAGGGUCCCUCCAAUGAUGAUCGGUGGACGGCUCAUACAACCUGUUGUGUCACUGAGUAGGACCUUACACUCAAAUGUUACGGGUACAUCAGCGAGGAGUACCAAUCAACAGAAUCACAAUACAUCAGAAAGGGCUGUGCCAUUGCAUAUGUUACAAGACGUGUACAUCCCUCUCACACGGAUCGACGCCGCGCUGCCCGCGACCAGCCCUCCGCAUGAACAACAAGACCACGACAUGCAGCUAGAAGACAGCGACCGGAUACUGGAGGAGGCGCAGGACAUGUCCGACACCGAGGAGUUCAAUGACACGCGGAGGCUGGAGGCUGUGGAGGAGGACGACGAGCCCGAGCAGCAGACGCCGCUCAGGAGCAGACAAGAAAAUCCUUUGGAGGGUCCGAGCUGGCUCCUAGAUGAACCUACGAGGAAGAGACGAUCCAAAAGUCGGGUGAACUUGGAGCCCGACUCCACCACCGAAGUGGAAGACAACGACCCCUCUCCCGGAACUAACAGUACGCCCAAGCAGUUGGGUCGUAGUGUGUGUGUGUUCACGCCGACCGUCCGCCGCCGGCGCCGCUCGCCUCCCUCCCCCGCCGCGCCCCGCUCCCCGCGCCCCUCCCGGCCAUCCAACUGCAGUAACGGCGGCCGCAUCCUUAAAGUUUUAGUUUCGAAGAUGUGUCUGGACGAAGACGACGGCAGCGGAGACGCCUCGCCACCGAAGAGACCCAACGUUGAGGACGCUCACAAGAAGAAGUCUCCCAAGAGAAAGAGUAACAACCACGGACUCGCUAGGGAUGGAUCACCAGCCAAGAAUAUGAUGAGGAUCGACGCUCCCAGCCCUAAUGGAUCGACUGACUCUAGAGUCAUUGUACUAGAGACGAAAACACACAUUGGGGCUGCGAAUGCGAACUCAACUGACGCAGAUAAUGGUAAUCCAGAUGAGAAUAUUGACACGAAUCAAAAUGUAAAUGAUGCUAACCAAAGUGAGAAUCAACAGUCUGACAUUAAUCAGAACCGUGACACUGGUGUAAAUCAUCGUGACACUAACGUCAGUCAGCGUGACACGAACGUCAGUCAGCGUGACACUAACGUUAGUCAGCGUGACACUAGCGUCGGUCGGCGUGACACUAAUGACAAUCAGAGCCACUUGAGUCGUGACAGCCGUGAUAGUGACAGCAGUGGUAGUGAGAUGGCGGAGGGACGGACCAGGCGGGCGAGGAGGGCUGUGGUUUAUAAGGAGAGGCCUCUCAACAGGUAA